AUGAUUCCUUAUCGACAACUAGCCAGAAUGUCUCAUUUGGCUGCUCGAUUUGUAGGGGGUUCAGAUGUUCACGUGGUCGAUCCACUGGUGGAUUUGAGAAAUGUGUUCGAACAGACGGAUCAGCUAAAAAUUGCUCUAGAAUCGCGAAAUGUUACUCUGGAUGUUGAAAAAGUAAAAUCAGAAUAUCACGAGUGGUUCGAAGUCUAUCAGAAGUGGAAAUCAGCCGACAAAGAUACGGUUUCAUCGCUGAAAAAAGAGUUGCGAGCGAAAAAAGACGGACUUCUGAAUGCCCUUACUCUUCCAAAUCUUAUUCAUCAUGCUGGCAAAAAACAGACACCUCUUCUGAAACCAUCAAAACAUGCUCAGUACUUGGCUCAACAAGGAUUGAUGAGAAUCGACAAACAGAAUCACGUCGUUCAUCUCGUCGGUUAUCCAGUUGUUGUGCAAAAAAUGAUUCGAGAACAACUUGUGGAUUUAUUUCCCGGUUGUCAACCGAUUUCUCCGUCAUAUUUUGCCAGAGCUGCAAUUGUCGAAGCUUUGAAUAUCGACAAAUCCACGCUACUUCCAUUCACGGAUGGGUCUUCACAUUUUCCGUUGACUUAUUUGGUUGGAAACUCACUUGCAGCCAUCACAUCACCAUUCCUCAAAACAGAAUUCGGCACGAAAAACGAAUGGCCGAUAAGUGUUCAGUGUACGGGCGCGAGUUAUACAGAAAAGAAAAACCAAGUUGACUUGUGCAAUUCACGACAACGUAUGAAACAUUGUGCACUUUGGAUGAGUAAAUCGCCAAAAGAACUUGAGGGAAUUGUGAAUGAUGCGAAUGUUCGAGUUGGAGCAUAUCUCGACGAAGGCUUGGAAUUAGAAGUAAAAGUUCGCGAGUUACGGGGAAGUGAGCUGAAAAACUACGAAUCGCAAGCAUUUGUUGUGGAAAAUCGGGGUCUCACUUUAUCAAGGAUAUCAAGAAUUGGCGAUUAUGUGUCGAAAAGACUGAACAUUCAGUAUUCAGGAAGCACGGCUACAGAAAAAUCAGAAGCUGUCGAAGGAGGAUUCGUGCAGAUGGUGUACGUGGAGACGGAUAUCGAUCGUAUUCUCGCUCGACUUGUUGAUGACCUGAUUGAAGGAAAGGAGCCGCCGAAGUAUAUCCGAGAUGCUAUCAAGAAAAGUUUCUAG